CAAUUGUGAAUGAAACCGUUUCAAGGGAGCGUUGUGUAGCCGGUGCAUAAUCUGAUUUUUGCAGAAACUGCCUGAUUAUGAGUGAUAUAUUAAAAAUUUCACAAGAGCGUUCGCGUAAACGGAAGCAAUUGUUGGCUCAAACACUUGGACUCUCUAGCGUGGAUGAGCUGAAAAUUGUGCUUGGCACAGCUGACGAGUUGAGUAAUAGUGUUGGAGGUAGUUAUUCCGGUUUUGGCGGCCAGCGAAGCAUUGUUGGCGUAAAUAAUCGAGAUGAUGAAGGAGGCAGUGGUGGUAAAAAGACGCCCGGUGAAAUUAUCUAUCGGGACUCUUCCACUUUUCUAAAGGGUACACAAUCUUCAAAUCCGCAUAAUGAUUAUUGCCAACACUUUGUCGAUACUGGACAACGACCACAAAAUUUCAUAAGAGACGUUGGAUUAGCUGACCGUUUUGAAGAGUAUCCGAAAUUACGCGAACUAAUACGCUUGAAGGACAAAUUAAUACAGGAUACCGCAUCAGCGCCAAUGUACUUGAAAGCCGACCUCAAAACACUGGAUUUGAAAACUUUAGGCACUAAGUUUGAUGUUAUAUUAAUUGAGCCACCUUUGGAAGAAUAUGCUAGAGCAGCGCCAUCGGUUGCGACUGUAGGUGGGGCACCUCGCGUAUUUUGGAACUGGGAAGAAAUAUUAAAUUUAGAUGUAGGUGAAGUGGCUGCGCAUCGCUCAUUUGUGUUUCUUUGGUGUGGUUCCUCCGAAGGUUUGGAUAUGGGCCGCAAUUGCCUAAAGAAAUGGGGCUUCCGUCGCUGUGAAGAUAUUUGUUGGAUACGCACAAAUAUCAAUAAACCUGGCCACUCAAAGCAACUCGAGCCGAAAGCAGUGUUUCAACGCACGAAAGAGCAUUGCUUAAUGGGCAUUAAGGGAACCGUGCGUCGUUCGACUGACGGUGACUUUAUACACGCCAAUGUUGAUAUCGAUCUAAUUAUCUCGGAGGAGGAUGAAUUUGGCAGUUUUGAGAAACCGAUUGAAAUAUUUCACAUAAUUGAACAUUUUUGCUUGGGACGCAGACGCAUGCAUCUAUUUGGACGUGAUUCCAGCAUACGACCAGGAUGGUUAACAGUUGGACCGGAGUUGACUAACUCAAAUUUCAAUUCCGAAUUGUAUCAAACUUAUUUUGCGGAAGCACCCGCAACAGGUUGUACCAGUCGCAUUGAAUCGUUGCGCCCGAAAAGUCCUCCUGCUAAUAGUAAAGCAUUACGUGGCCGUGGACGAGGUUUUCCGCGCGGUCGUGGUCGACCACGAUAAAUGCGGAAUGACUAUAUUCCUUGCGAAUAUGAGUAGCUACUCUCUAUUAGCGAGACCUUUUUUUUUAAUUACUAAACCUGCGAAAUUUUGAACGUGUUAGUCUUUUGGAACAUGAACGAAUAAGCGUACAGUGUGUUAUUUAACUAAAAUAAACGAUUUAUAGUGAUCAACUGUA